AUGAAUUAUUGCUAAAAAUCAAUAGAUGAUAAUGGCUUGGGAGAAUUAAAUUUUCCUUUAUUAUCAGAUUUCGAUAAAUAUAUUUCAACUUGUUAUGGCGUUAUUAUUGAAGAUGGUUCGAGCUUUCGAUCUACAUUUAUUAUUGAUUAAAAUUUAAUUCUUCGACAUAUGAGUAUAAAUGAUAUUUCUAUUUGUGUAAACCCAAUUGAAAUAUGUAGAUUAGUUGAAAUUUUUUAAUAAAAUGAUAAUGAUAAUUAUGCUAAUUUACCUAUUAUUUCCGGCUGUCCAUAUUAAAAUAAUGCUAAAAGUUAUCCAGAAAUCGAUACUUUUUCAAAAUAUUAGAAAAAUUAAAAAUGUUCUAAAAAAAAAUUAUUAAUUAAAAAAAUAAAAAAUUUUUAAAUAACAAAAUAAAGCCGACACCAAUAAUAAUAAUAAUAAUAAUUAAAGCACUAAGAAAAAAUAAACAAAAAAUUUUUAAUAAAAUAGUUAAACACUAUUUGA